UAAUUAGCAGCAGCAGCAGCAAGUGCAUUGUUUUUUGGUGCAAAAUACUUGAAUGGUAUUUUGUGUUUCUGCUUUGGCUGUUUUCAUAUAAAUCAGUCUCUGCCUCCAUUGCUUCAAGUUGUGAUGAAAUGGAAUUUCUGAGCAGUCUCUUGGGAAUUCUUGGCUUUGGAAUUGGAUUCUUGCUUGGUGUUCUUAUUGGAUUUUAUUUCUUCAUCUACUCUCAACCCACUGAUGUUGAGGAUCCUGUUGUCAGUCCUCUUUGUGAGCUUGAUACAGAUGCAUUACAAGAUCUUAUUCCGGAUAUUCCAUUGUGGGUUAAAAGUCCAGAUUAUGAUCGAGUAGACUGGUUAAACAAAUUUCUUCAGAACAUGUGGCCUUUCCUUGACAAGGCUAUUUGUAGCACAAUUAGAAGCGUCGCAGAGCCCAUAUUUGCAGAAUACAUAGGGCAAUAUACUAUAACAAAAAUUGAUUUUGAGACGCUAACCCCUGGAACUCUUCCGCCAGUACUUCAAGGUCUCAAGGUAUACGAGACAAAUGAGAGGGAGUUAGUGAUGGAACCAGCAAUUAAAUGGGCAGGCAACCCAAACAUCGUGGUGGUGGUAACUUCAUCAUCUUUACAGAAUCUAAAGAUCAAAUUGCAGUUGGUGGACUUACAAAUUUUCGUUGCACCACGUGUUACUUUGAAACCUCUUGUACCCAGUUUUCCAUGUUUUGCUAAUAUAACGGUAUCUAUAAUGGAGAAGCCACAUGUUGAUUUCGGACUGAAGGUUCUUGGUGGGGAUGUUAUGGCGAUCCCUGGACUUUAUCGAUAUGUUCAGGAGAUUAUAAAGAAACAAGUGGCAGUCCUUUAUCACUGGCCUCAAACUCUUGAAAUACCAGUUCUUGAUGCUUCAUUGGUGGGCAUAAAGAAGCCUGUUGGGAUAUUGCAUGUUAAAGUGGUAAGAGCAAUGAAACUCCUGAAGAUGGAUUUACUGGGAUUAUCUGAUCCUUAUGUUAAGCUAAGCUUGAGCGGAGACAGCCUGCCUUCUAGAAAAACCUCCAUCAAGAAGAAAAACCUGAAUCCCGAGUGGAAUGAAAGCUUCAAGCUUACUGUGAAGGAUCCACAGUCCCAAAUUCUUCACUUAGACGUCAUUGAUUGGGACAAGGUGGGAGCACACGACCGGCUGGGGUCACAAUUACUUCCUUUAAAGCUUCUACAACCAAAUGAAACAAAGGAAUUCACUCUAGACUUACUUAAGAACUCAAGUAUAAGUGUCGCACAUGACAAGAAGCAGAGAGGGCAGAUUGUUGUUGAGCUGACAUAUGCCCCUUUCAGAGAGGAUACUGAUGGUAUGAGUGGGCCUUUAAAUAGCUUCAGUUGGAAGGAGAAUGGGUUGGAAACGAUAUCCGGUAAUGAUAGUCCAAGGGGAGCAGGUUUGUUAUUUGUUACUGUCCAAGGAGCCAAAGAUGUAGAGGGCUCACGUCACAAUAAUCCAUAUGUGGUCAUAUUUUUCAGAGGGGAAAAGAGAAAAUCCAAGAUGGUUAAAAGAACUCGUGAUCCUCAAUGGUGUGAAGAGUUCCAUUUUAUGCUGGAAGAGCCUCCUGUCCAUGAGAAAAUCCAUUUAGAGGUUUUGAGUAAGCGAAAUGGCAUCAGCUUUCGUUCAAAGGAGUCGCUUGGACAUGUCGACAUCAACCUUGAUGAUGUAGUUCACAAUGGACGUAUAAACGAGAAAUACCAUCUAAUAGAUUCAAAGAAUGGAGUCAUACAUGUUGAGUUGAGAUGGAAGAGCAUAUGAGAAACAAUAUCAAGGUCCUGAGAUUUACAGCAUUUCUCGGAUAUUUAAAAAAACAGAAAAAAGUUUUCAAAAGUGAUUUAUUAAAGAGAGAUCAUUGAAUCAUGCAUUAUCUCAUUUUUGUAAAUUUUCCCCUCUUUUGAAUCUUUAGAUGAUGCAUGAUCUUUGUUGGUUCUUGAAGUCUCUAUUCGUUCAAUAGUCACAUCUUUGAUAUAGUGAUAAUACCGUUGCCCUUUUUCUGUAAUUUUAUACACAAUUAUCAAAUACACGCGCGCGCGCACAUAUUCACUCA